UUGAAGUCACCUUUCCUAUCGCGUAUUAAGUUGGACGCGUUUGUCCUAUCGCGCACAGAACACCCCAUCCACCAAUCAUUGAUUGAUUUGUUUGACAUCCAUCCAUCAUAUCAUCUCGAUUGCAUUUCUAGAAAGAUGGUCAAUCCUCUAUUGCUGCGAUCCGUUACCCGUUCGUUGGGUAACCUGACUGUUGCUUCUGCACGGUCUUAUACAACAUCCUCUUCAAGAACAAUCUUAUCUCGUUCAACAACAUCCGUCCAACACUUUUCUCAAAGUCGUAGAAGCUUUAUCGCUGAUGCAUCUAAUCAAACAUCAACAGAUCCUGAACCGAAAAAGAAAGCAACUACUACAAAAGCUAAAUCAACUACAACAAAGACAAAGACAAAGAAGGAAAAGAAACCCGCGGUCAAGAAACCAAAAAAGGUAAAAAAGACACCUGUAAAGAAAUUGAAAGCAUGGGAGAAAAUAGGACCGGAUGGAAAACUUGUUCCAUUACCUUCAGCAUCUAAGCCAAAAAGAUUGUCGGCAUUCAUUCUCUUUGUCAGCAAGCGUCUUCCAGAAUUACGCUCAGAUCCUUCCCUUUCAACGACGGGCAAGGAUGGAGAGCAAAAGUUUGAAGCAGCCAAAGCUAUGAAACGCAUUGCAGAAGAAUAUAGAGCAUUCACUGAAGAACAAAAAGCUGAAAUCAAUGAGCAAACAGCAGCCGAAGGCGAAAGAUAUCAACGUGAUCUUGAACGUUGGCGUAAUGCUUUGACACCUGAAGAUAUUAAACGUGAAAACGCAUAUAUUAGCUCUCAACGAAAGAAAGGCAAAUCAGGGGUACCUGCAAGAUUGAGAGAUCCUACAAAACCAAAAGCACCAAAAACGCCUUUCUUCCAAUUCUUCAGUGAUUUCAGAUCCAAAUCAUCCGAUCUUGUAAACUUGUCAGUUCCUGAAGCUGCCAAGAGGGCCGGUGCUGCAUGGAAAAAUUUGACUACAGAAGAGAAGGAACCUUAUUACAAAAUUCAUGCAGAAGAAAGAGAGAAGUACAGUGCUACAUUGAAGGAAUGGGAAAGCAAAACUGGAUCAGACUAAAAGGGGCAAAGUGAUGUACCGCCUGUUCUAAAUGGCGAAUGACGUUUGUCAACCGAUGUACUUUUCGUUUAUAUAAUCGCUGCGGAAACGUUCUGAUACUUCAGAAGAGGGCAAAGCGAUCGUAUCUCUCACCACUUUCAUAUCGAAUUUUCCACAUAUCCCAUGUACUAGUCGGCAUCGUAUUCUGUGUACGAACAUGCGUAGACUGUCAUCCUGCU